CAUGCAGCACCUUCCUUGCACCAGCAAAGAAGGAAGGGUGGCUGGCGCGUGCUGACCUUGCGGCCCGCACAAAGUAUAAGAUUACAUGUGCUCUUGAAGAUAAGUAGGCACGCUUGUUGAGGUCAAGCAGGCUCCUGAGUGUCCUCUCUUUUCAUGGAAGACAAGGUUUUCAUGGCGUAGAAGAGCGGCUCAGAAACAGUCUUCCCGGGACGUGGUGUGGCCGUGCUUGAGAUUGCUGCUGGAGCAGAGAGCUCGGGCGGUUGAGGCGGGUAGGCGGAUUCAGCUGGUGGAGUGCUGAAAGUUGUUGCUUCUGAUAAGGACGUAAAGUGCAAAGCAAAGUGGGACUGCACCGACCGAGCGACAAGAUUGAAAGCCUGCCUGCAAACGGCCCCAUAGAAGUUGAAAGCAUGGUUCUGUUGGAAAACCUUCUAUCAUUCCUUCCAUUCUGCAGCUUAUGAGGUGCAAAUAGUUUAGAUCCUUCUGCAGAGCUCCAGCGAAGGAGGACUUGCUGAUGCGCACCAGUUAGGUCCUCUUUCGCUUAGGUCCAGGAGUAGCUUGGUGUCGUUGGUUUGAAGUUCACUCGACGCCUUUUGCUCCGCCUGGAACCAUGGUGUGUCCAAUGCGAGUACUCCUGGUCCUUGCUUCCACAUUGGUCGCUGGCUACAUCGCCUGGGUUUCAUGGAACAAGCAGGGAGCACCGAGCGUGUUCGGGUCCGAUGAGGGAGUCGCUGCAACAACUGCAAGGAGUAAACAGGAUUCUCAGAAGGAUUUGCCAAGCAUCCAAGGAAGAUUACAACUUGCCUUUGAUAUGGUAUCGGGGCGGUACCUCUACAACCAGUGGACCUUGCAUCGAAAAAGCAGAGGACAAGCGGAAGGGAAAGUAGAAUGAUUCACAGGUCAUUGGAUUGGGCUUGAACCAGUUGGGCAAGUCUUCUUGGCAGACAAAAGUGAGAGUCAUUGCAUAGGAGUUAAAUGUACAUGUUAUGUUUGGAAACAGUCCGAAAUUAGUUGUUCCCAAGUUGGAUUGUAGUGAAGACUCGGGAUAGUCAUCAUUCUGCUGGGUCCACAUGUCGUUGCGGGCAUCAGAAUGAUCGAGUGUACUAUGCACCAAAUGUGGCUUGCUACUGUUCUGUAGUUGAGCUUUUCAGCUGUUGAGAGAGCACAUUUUCCACCUUGCCGCCAGCACACGAUGUGAGAUUGCUUUGAUCGGCCAAUCUCAGGUAGAUUCAAGUGGUACAACAAUUGCCUGAGGUAAAGAUUGGGAAGUAAAGCAAUAGUAAAGAUCGGCAAGACAUAAGGUGUUCUUGGCUAUAUUUUUAGGUUGCCGGUCAGACAUACAGUUUUAAGGCUGCAAGUUGCCACCCUUAGACUGGCUUCCAAUAAGCAUAUGCAGUAUUCCAAGAUUUGUCAGUGGCAUGUGAGAGGCACAUCAAAUAAGGUACCUACGGGCU